UUGACUCACUUGGUCCACGCGUCACACAGCAUUAGUGUGGUGUGUUUAUGUUCCCACGCAUGAAGGUGAGCUGGGGAAUGCUGAGGCAUGCUGAUGAUGAUGAGGAGGGGACACUUUGCGCAUUUGGAGCAGCAGGGUGCGCAGUGAUUGCGCCGCUAUCUGCGCGCUGAUUGAAACGUUUUGCGCUCAGCUGCAGUUGGAGCGGCUCCAGGGAUGCUGCGGCUGCCGGGGUGUCGCUGCGCAACCAGGGGCUGCGCCCUCCUCCUCUGCUGAGUCCUUUCCACACUUUUUCUCCCCCUCAUGGAUCUAGGUCCCAUCUCUCCCAGUCUGUAAGAUGGGGACCAGUUUGUCCAGCCUGGCAGCCUUCCAGUCCCUCCACAUCGUCAUGCUGGGUUUGGACUCUGCGGGUAAGACCACGGUUCUGUACCGGCUGAAAUUCAACGAGUUCGUCAACACGGUGCCCACCAUCGGCUUCAACACGGAGCGGAUCCGCCUGGGUGGCCCCGGGGCCUCCAGGGGCAUCAGCUGCCACUUCUGGGACGUCGGGGGCCAGGAGAAGCUGCGGCCCCUGUGGAAACCCUACAGCCGCUGCACGGACGGCAUCGUGUACGUGGUGGACUCCGUGGACUCGGAGCGGCUGGAGGAGGCCCGCGCGGAGCUGCACCGGAUCACCCGCUUCCAGGAGAACCAGGGGACCCCGCUGCUGGUCAUCGCCAACAAGCAGGACCUGCCGCGCGCCCUGGAGGUGGGGGAGAUAGAGAAGCAGCUGGCCCUGUCCGAGCUCAGCCCCUCCACCCCCUACCACGUCCAGCCGGCCUGCGCCAUCAUCGGAGAGGGACUGGAUGAAGGGAUGGACAAGCUGUAUGAGAUGAUAGUGAAGAGGAGGAAGGCUCUGAAGCAGAGGAAGAAGAAGCAGUGAUGCACGACAAUCACUGCCAAUAACUUUUAAUAGGAAACAAAUGUCCUCAUUAACAGACCUCCACCAUAGAAUGUAGCAGAUAAAGACUGAAGGAAGUUUGAAACCUUAACUUAAAACCUUCCCAACAGGUAGAUAAUCAGGAUACUUUCUGCAAACCUUUCCUUUUUCUGUUUUUUUCUGAUGGAGAUGCUCUCUGUGUGCUCAGAUGUGAGGCUGAGGGAGGAAGGAUUCCCCUGAGAGGAAGGCACACUCAGCUAUUUCUGGUUCAGGCUUUUUAUUUCCUGCUCUGUCUCCUUUCUGGUGAGAGGAUCUGAAAACAGCAGAGCAGGUAGAGACAAGGGGGAGACACCUAAGCUGUACGAGGGCUGCUGAAAUCUGAUGAAGUAGAUCUAUUGGAUACUAUUAGCUUUUUAAUUUGCAAAUAUUAUAUAAAUUCCAUCUUAUGAUGAAAGACUUAUUUACAAUCAAUUUAGAUUUUUCCAACUCUGCAAAAUUCCAAAUAUCUAGCUUCACUUCCAUUAAAAGUUUUCUGUAAUUAUUGCAGGCUGCGCAGUGGGCAUGCAGAAAGAAGGUUUCAGGUUUCAUUCCCGGCCCGGGGUCUAUCUGCAUGGAGUUUGCUUGUUCUCCCUGAGCAUGCGUGGGUUCUCUCCGGGUACUCCAGCUUCCUCCCACAGUCCAAAAACAUGACUGUUAGGUUAAUUGGCU